AUGUCAGUAUUGAAACUGGUCUUCACGUUUCUUUCCUAUCUCCCAAGAUCCGUGCGCGAGCGUAUGGUCCCCGAUAUGCGGAUCCCUCCUAUUUCCAACAAUCCUGAAAAGGUCCAGCUGGACCGCCUAGGUCAUGUUUAUUUUGAACACCCAGACCUGGAUAAAUUCAGCGAGUUCGCCGAAGACUUCGGAUUCAUUGAAGACAAGAGAACCAGGGACCGGGUAUACUAUCGCGGCUAUGGCAAAGAUCCAUAUGUAUAUGUCGCAUCAAGAAGCAAAGACGACAAGCCAAGAUUCCGUGGUCCCGCGUUUGUUGCUCGCUCGCAAGAAGAAUUCGAGAAAGCUGCCCAGUUAGCCGGCGCCACGCUCAGUGAUUUGAAAGACGCCCCAGGCGGAGGCAAAAUGGUCACUUUCAACCGGCCCGAUAGCACCUUUUUUCAUGUGGUAUAUGGUCAAGAGGAACGGCUGGUCGAUAGCCAAGAACCAAGUGCCACGCAGGAGCAGCAAGGGCCAUUUAACAAGCCUUUCGACAAACCGAGACUAGGUCAAUUCCAACGCCAUCACGCAGGACCAGCUCUUGUGCACAAGAUAGGACACCUGGGCUAUGUCGUGCCAGACUUCGAUCGCGAACUCGCAUGGUAUACUGAGAACUUCAACUUCGUUCCUUCCGAUAUUCUGCACCACUGGGAUUUCUCAAAUGUAGAUGUUCUGACAUUCAUGCACCUUGACCUGGGGAAGGACUUUUCCGACCACCAUUGCUUCUUCAUGCAGCGUGCUGAACCUCACGUGAAAAAGACGUUUGUGCACCACACUUCUUAUGAGGUGGCUGAUUAUGAUACGCAGCAGAUUGGGCAUGGAUGGUUGGCGAAGAGAGGUUGGAAGAGUGUUUGGGGUGUUGGGCGUCAUGUGCUUGGAAGUCAGAUAUUUGAUUACUGGGCUGAUCCUAGUGGGUUCAAGAUUGAGCAUUAUACUGAUGGUGACGUUGUGAAUGAGGAUAUCCCUAUGAAGAGGGAAGUUGUUGGUACUUUUUCGGUUUGGGGGCCUGAGGUACCUAAGAACUUUGGAGAGAAGGAGUAUAAGUGA